UUACAAAUGCCACCGCACUUUGUUAUCAGGCUUUGUUGUCAGAGUAGCGGCAUGCAACUUUCAGUCAGGUAUGUUAACUUUUCAUUAAGGCAUUCAAAGUAUUUUCACUUUUGUUUCGUCAGAAGCAACACCCAUAUUGUUCAGAUAUAACUCAGCAGGUGUGCUUCAGAUGACAUCUUCAUUCGCAAUGGAAGCAGCUCAUCUGUCCCUGUCCUCAGAUCAGUGCACCAGCUCGGUGUUUUUGGGCAUCCUGAAUGACCCAGUCAUUAUCCCAUGUGGACACAACUGCUGGGAUCAGUCAGUUACAAAGGGAGCCUACAGCUGUCGUCCAUCCAGAAGAACAUUUACUGGGAUGCCAGAACUUAAAGGAACAUUUACUGGGAUGCCAGAACUUAAAGGAAACAUCACAGCCUCAAAACCAAUAGCCGUGGUUGCUCCAUUUCAGAUAUAUGCUGCACCUGACGAUGUGCCCUGUGAUGUUUGUACUGGGAGAAAACUGAGAGCUGCGAAGACCUGCCUGACCUGCCUGGCCUCCUACUGUGAGUCUCACCUGCAGCCUCACAGACAAUCGGAAGCUCUGCAGAGACACAAAUUGGAAGAGCCAACUGGAAAGCUUGAAGAGAAACUCUGCAAGAAACACCAGGAAGUGUUGACAUUGUUCUGCAGGACUGAAGAGACCCGCAUCUGCUCAAUGUGCGUGGUGGCUGAACACAAGAGGCAUGACAUAGUGACACCUGAGGAAGAGAGAGCAAGCAGACAGAGUGAGUUGGAAAAGAGAAACAAAGAAAUGAAAAAAUUGGAGGAUAAAGAGAAGAAACCAAAUGAGUUGGGGACCAUAGUGAGAAUUGAGAGAUUCACAGAGAAGAAACUGCAGGAAUGUCAGGAGACCCUCAAGUUUUUGCCCCAGUCCAUUGAGAGGCUGUGGCUGCAUUUCACCGAGGUGAUUGAAGGUCCUAAAAAGAGGGAAGUGAGUAAGGCUGAAGAGCUGAUUGAGAGAGUGAAGGAGAAGAUCAAGGAGCUGAAGAGCAGAGACAUUGAGCGGGGCACUGACAGUCUGCAGAAUCUUCAAAGCAGAGAUGACCUUUUAAAAUACUUCUGUCCGCUCACUCUGGACUUCAGCACAGCACACAGAAGGCUUCACCCGUCCGAAGGGAACAAGAAGAUCACAAACAUAAGGAAAGUGUUCCCGUAUCCUGAUCAUCCUGACCGAUUUGAAAUUUGGCCUCAAGUCCUGUGCACGGAGGCUCUGAGUGGGGCUCGCUACUACUGGGAGGUGGAGUGGAAUGGAGAAGGGGUUGACAUUGGAGUCACAUAUAAAGGGAUACAAAGCAAAGGAUGGGGCAUGAACUGUCUCCUUGGAAACGAUGACAGGUCCUGGUGUCUGUACUGCUCUGAUUCCAGUCACAGUGUGUGGCAUAAUAAUACGAAGAUCGACAUCAGCUCCUCCCCGUGUCACAGAAUUGCCGUCUAUCUGGACUGUCCUGCAGGCUCCCUGUCCUUUUAUAGCAUCUCAGACAGCACGACCCUCCUGCACAGAUUCUACGCCUCCUUCACUGAGCCGCUCUAUCCAGGCUUUAAGGUUGGAGCAAACUGCAGUGUAACAAUCUGUCCACCAGACCAGUGUGUCCUGAGUCCCCUGUAGGUCUCUUUAUGUCUUCUGUCACAGAGGCCAUCUUGUUGACUUGGAGUCUCAUGCUUGCUGCCCUGCUUUCCAUAGUUCAAGAGUGAACCUUGAGGGCAGUCAUCAGAGAACCUCCAUGAAAACCUCCAUUUCAACCUUAGGUGCCAUUCCAGCUUUACCUCCAGUUUCUGUUUGGUAUUCCCAAUGGCCGUGCAGUCCAAUCCUGUUUAUUUCAUUUAAUUCAGUCUAGCUUCACAGAGGUUAGCACUGUCACCUCACUGUCACUGAGUUCAGAUGACAGCCUGGUCACCAUCUCUGUGUGAUUUUUUUUGCAGGUGUCUGUAUGGGUUUUUCUCUUACUCCACCACUUUCUUUUCCAGUUCUCAAAGUCCAGUGUUUUUAGUAAGAUGUCAGAUCCAAACCUAUAAUUUCUAAGUGUGUGUGCAGACUAACAUCCCAUUCAGAGUUGUGACAGCUCCCAGUUAGCUUUUGGGACAGCUUAGCUAUUAGCUAAACAAACGGGCUUGAUGGACUGAAUGGCCUCCUCUCGUUUGUCAGAUUUCUUCUGUUCUUACAUGCCGUACGAUUGAUUUAAGUGGAUUCCUACAACGGAAAGUUGAAUCUAGAGAUGGUUGACUCCUCCAGUCAUAUCCAAUUAUCACCUCAAUGACACUUUUGCAAUUUUGUUCACCAAACCGCUUGGAGCUCCUUUUGACACUGUCUGUCAUACGGGCCUGCUCCUGUGUAUUGUGGUUUAGGUCUUUUUGGUUGGACAGGCAGCAGUGUGUUGUGAUGGGAUCUCACCGAUGGCACCUGUCACUCAGGGUGUCCCCCAGGCUCAGUUUUAGGGUCUCUGCUAAUUUAUAUUUAACUAUUUCCUUCCUGUCAAAUCAUGUGUGCACAUCACCUGGCCUAUCACUGCUAUGCUGUUGAUACUCAAAUAUACAGAAAAACCUCCACAUUUCUUCCACCUUCUGCUCUUAUUGCUUGUCUGAUUGACAUCAAGUCAUGGCUGACAUCUACUUUUUUAAAAUUAGAUACUGAAAAGACAAAAAAAAUGGAAUAUUUUUGAUUGUGAAUUAGUCUCAGUUGGGGAAGAUGGCCCAGUUCGCAUCAUUAGUUGAUGACAUUCCUGUUCAGACUUCUUGAUUCUUCUCUGCCAUUUGUUCCACACAUUAAUAACUUAGUCCAACUUUGACCAUCUUGCCAGAUGUUGAAUGUUCAGCCCAUGCUUUGGUUACAUCCAUGCUUGACUGCUGUAAUAUCUCAUUGGUUGGUCUUUCAAAGUCUGCUUUAAGCAAACGACAGAAUGUUCCAAGCCCUGGUGACACAAAACGCCAUCUUUGGGGGUAUUACAUCGACUCCCGCGUGAAUCUGGCACUCAUCACAAUGUACUUCCAUUUCCUUACAAAGCCUUAAACAAUCAGCGUCAUCUUAUCUUUCCGACAUCCUAAAUCUGCCCGCAGCUCCGAUCAUCUCCAGUCGAUCCUCUGCCUGCCAUUCCCAGGACUAGGAAGAGGACAACGGAUGAUGGAGCCUUCGUGCCAAAGCUCCAACCUUCUGGAAUGCUCACCACCAGUUUUUGAAAGUAGACCUAAAACUUCUCCUUUCAUGAUCUUCCUUUGUAUGAUUCUGUUUUGUUAUCCUUUACCAGUACGUUUUGAUGUAUUUUUAACUAUUUUUGUUAUGCUUUGUACCUUGUCCUUGGGCUCUGUAAGGCGCAUUAUAAACAAAAUGUUUUAUCGUUAUUAAUAUUAUUAAUGAAAAAUUAUGCAAAAUAAAUAACUUUGAUAUUUACAAAAUGAUUGAAGAAAGAUGGCACCAGGUUAUUAAUAGGAAAUUAUUAAUGGAUAUGAUUAAUGGUUUUGUGAAGGACAGAUAUUAUAAUAUUCAUUUAAUUUUAGGUCCGAUUGAAUGUAGCUAUCUUAUAAAAGGUGAUAGUUAUAGAUUUGUAGAUUUUUAUUAAACCUUCAAAAUAUUUGAACAUACUUACUUGUUUAGGAUUCUUUAUAACAAGUGUAAAGAGCUCAGUGUACCCUCUGUGGAAAGGGAGAAUCAAAUUGGACCCUUAAACUUUGUUUUCUAGGAUCUUUACUUUGUUUUUUUUAUUUAUAUAUAUACAGUAUAUAUAUUUCAAAGCACUGAAACCCUCAAUUUUGUAAAUAUAAUGUUGUUUAAUGUUUAAAAAGAAACUUUAAGAAGAAAAAAAUGAAAUGUUGUGUUCACAGGAGCAUGGAGCUAGAGAUGUAUGAGAGAUUUCAGUGUUUGAUUUUCAAUAAAUCUGCAAACCUUCCUGCAAACGCAUCUUCACUUUGUCAUUC